GCCGAGCCGGGGCUUCGGCAAGAGCGGCCUCUCCAGUCGCCGGGCGGCUGGGCGGCUGGGCGGGCGGGCGCAGGAGGCAGGCAGGCAAAGCCAGCAACAAGUGCGCAGGAAGGCAGGCAGGCAGGCAGGCAGGCGAGGCGAGGGAGGGCGAAAGCUGACGUCAGCGAGCGGAGUAUUAUGGUCUGGGCUGUGCUGGCCGCCGCCGCCGCCGCUGCCGCCGCCGCUGCUUUUCUGCUGCCAGCGGCCGAGUAAACAUGGAGCUCUCCGCCGUGGGCGAGAGGGUCUUCGCGGCUGAGGCCUUGCUCAAGAGACGCAUCCGUAAAGGUCGUAUGGAAUAUCUGGUGAAAUGGAAAGGCUGGUCUCAGAAAUACAGCACCUGGGAACCAGAGGAAAACAUUCUUGAUGCCCGUCUGCUUGCUGCUUUUGAGGAAAGGGAAAGAGAAAUGGAACUUUAUGGUCCUAAGAAACGUGGCCCCAAACCCAAAACCUUCCUUUUAAAGGCCCAGGCCAAAGCCAAAGCCAAAACCUAUGAAUUCCGCAGUGACUCUGCUAGGGGCAUCCGGGUGCCUUAUCCUGGACGGUCUCCCCAGGAGCUUGGCUCUACCUCCCGGGCUAGAGAAGGACUGAGACAGAUCCCACUGCCCCCUCAAAGCAGCUCCACCACUGCUACCCCCAACAUGCCCCGAAUGGAGAUGAUCCAGGAAAACAGGGUGGGGGCAGAGGAAGACCGAUCUGAAGGCUCCUUUAAAAAGCGAGGGCCAAAGCCCAGGAAAGACCUGCCUGAAAUGGCAGACGUUACCUCCAAGCGGAAAUCAAUGGAGCCUGGGGACAAGAUGGUGGUGGACUACCUGAAAGCCAGAAAAUUGGAAGAGGCAGCUAACUCUGGGGCAGCAAAAUUCAGUUCAGGACACAGUGUGAUCCAGCUAGCCCGGAGACGGGAGCCUGAAUUACCCAGUGCUGUUUCCAAUCCCAGGGCAGAAGCUGGUGUUAAGCUGGGUGCAUCUGAGACUUACCCUCCUAGACUGACCAAGCACAGGGCGGAUUUCCUGGAUCCAAAAGGGCAAAGUGGUUUGGACUUGGGGACUCCUAAGAUCUUGCACAGCUCUGCAAACCAAGGCAGCUUGUAUCGAGAUGGCAUAGGGACGCAGGCUGGCAGGCCUUCCCUCAUCGCCCGCAUCCCUGUCUCCCGGAUCCUGGGUGACCCAGAAGAAGAAGCAUGGAGCCCAUCUCUCAACAAUUUGGAGAAAGUAGUAGUGACUGAUGUGACAUCCAAUUUCUUGACAGUAACCAUCAAGGAGAGCAGCACAGACCAAGGCUUCUUUAAAGAAAAGCGGUGAAUUCCUUGGGAGAAGAGGAGAAGUCAUUGAAAGGCUUUGGAUAGAGGUUGGCUGACUUGGGAUUUUUAAAAACUUUUAUUUUUAAACUUUUUCUGGACAGGCUUGCAUUUCAAAUUAUCUGUCCCUAAUUCUUUCUUUAUACCCACCCCCCCAACCUUGCCACCUUGCCACCAAUUUCAAUUUUGGUUGAAAAAAUUAUCUCUAGAGUUAUAUUUUCUAUUAGAUGUAAAUAUGUUAUUUAAAGAAAAAUACAUAUAUAUAUCUAUAUACAUACAUAUAAAUAUAUAUAUUUCAACUCUAAGUUGUUUGAUUGUUGCUUUUUUAAUUUAAAGCUUUUGGAGAAGGAUAAUAAAACAGAAGUGAUGCAUCUCUUGCCUCAACUGCAAGAGCUGGUGUAGAUAAUGAAUGAUCUUGUUAGCUAAUCACAACAUCUUAAUUUAGGGUUUUUUUUUUCAAUUGUUUCCACUCCCUUCCCACAAAUAUGAUGUUGACUGAUAAUAUGGGGAUAUUAUAUUCAUCUGGGAACUAAAAGAGCUCCAGGUUUUUUUUAAUUAUUGUUAUAUUAUAAGGUGUUGCUUUGUACAAUCAAGUGUGCUAUAUACACAACUGUUCUGGCUGGACAGCUGAAGUAAGCACUUGACUUUACAGUAUUGUCUUGCUUUGUUUUGCUCCAGUUGAAAAAAAGUUGUUGUUCUAAAAAGUGUCCAUUAAAAACAGUUGAAAGAUGUUUUAGCAAAGAAGUAUUAACUUGAAUACCUUUUCUUGCAAGGGAGAAGGGGAUGUGUAAGAUUUUUAAAAAAAGUGUAGCUGCUGUUAUGCACUUUAAUAUGACUGUCAUAGAGGGAAGGUGGGAAUAGUAGAAGAAGGAAUUGAGCUGAUAGUUUAGUUUAACUUUGGAUUUUUUUUUCUUCAUCCCUUCCCUGCUCACUCCAAUAAGAAAAUCUGUUUACAUUCCUUACAUGCCAGAAAGUUGGGGAGGAAAGCAUCUGACUGGUCAUAUUUUCAAUGUUCCUGCUGUUAUAUUGAAAGUGGAUUUUCCAUCUUCCCCCAGUGUUUGCAGUUCCUUUGUAGGCUAUUAGAUGAAUUUUAAUGUGUGGCAUAAAAUCAUUGUUUUCUUCAUACAUCUCAGUCUCAUAGAAAACAACUUCCCAUGUAAUGUUGCGGGGAAAGACCAGUUUCAAAGUUAGCUGUUUUUAGAGCUAGAUUUCUUUCUUUUUUUCUUCAUUUUCUAGAAAGAAACAUCUGAUCUCACAGUCCCCCCAUGAGAUUUCUAAGUCAAAUGAUUAAAAAAAAAGAGUAGUUCUUCUAGCUUGUCAACUUUACGCAGACAUUUAAAACAUUUUUCUGCUCCCUUGAAGAAAGCAAUAUGGAAUCUAUUCAGUAUGAACUCUGUUUAACUUUACCAGAAAACGGUUUGGUUCUUAACUCUGAAAGCUCCUGAUUAAGAGGGAACAUGCAGAGGGAAUUGGGGGAAGGGUUGCUUUCCUCUGCUUUUAGCAGGUGCUGUGGUGUCCCAAUAGAUAUUGAUUUAAGCAUCUUUUGUUGGUUCAAAAAACACAAAUCUGCCUCGCAGCCCCUAAGGGCCUGGCAGGGGGAUGUGUUGACUUCUCUGUCUUUUUCUGAAUGGCUGACUCACUGGGCCCUUUUAAAACACUUUCUAAUUUGGGGAGUGAACAAGGCAUGAAACUCGAUGUGUGGCCUAAUGAGAAGAGACACUGAGAAAAACAGGUGAAUGUUGGAAGAAGCAGAAAAGCCCUUGUCAUUUCUGGGCUCAGCUAGAAAUACUAUUUCUUGACCCACCUACCUCCUUCUGCUUAUGGGGGGGUGGGAUUUCUCCAAUGAAAUCAACAUGGACAUUUUCUUUAGAUUGUGCUGAAGAAGUGAGCCAAGAUCCUUUUUUUUUCCUGUUCUCCCUCCCUCUCUUAUUCAAAGGAAAACCAAUAUUUUAAAGUCCAGUCAGCUCAAAGCAUUUAUGUAGCGCUGCAGAUGUGUUGAGUUCAACCAGGGGUGAGGAAGUAUGUCAGCAUAUGGGUUUGUUGACAGUGGUUCCAUAUAGGCUGGAGCUGGAGUGGGGAAGAGGGGGGUGCCUAGGAGGAAUACUUCCUGGGUGGAAACCAUCUUAAGUGCUGUCCCUGCCUCCUCAGGUGUCAAAGGUGGUAUAUGCCCCCUGUGAUGUGGGUUUCUAGAGGCACACACAUGGGAAUAUAAAAGCUAGACCGACAUGUGAGUGUAUCUGUCUGUGUACAUAGUUACAUAUAUUGAAUGUAUGUGGGUGUGAGUUAUUUAAUUCUCUUUUAAGAUUUGUAAAAGGAAAACAAAACAUUAUUGAACUGGCCUCACAGUCUCAGAAGUGAAGCUUAAGUAGGUGUCUUCUGCAAAUGUGGAAUGUCUAAUACAGUACCUGCUUUUUAUGUGAAUUGAAAUAUAUAUAAUUCUUUGUAAAUAGAGA